AUGCCAGCAAGAAAACCUGCAUUGUUUUUGGCAAAGAAUGCUGUUCUGACUUCCUUUGCAUCAGGGCGUGCUACAUCAUUGGUUGUUGAUGGUGGUGGAGGGUCAACUACAAUUGCACCAGUACACGAUGGUUAUGUUAUUCAGAAGGCUGUGGCAACUUCCCCCUUGGAGGAGAAUUUCUUAACAGAUUGCUUGAUGAAAAGCUUGGAAAGCAAGGGUAUUACGAUGAAACCACGUUAUUCCUUUAGGAGAAAGGAAAUACGCCCUGGAGAGUUUCAGGUAUAAUACGGUAAUCUUGAUUUUCGCAAUACAACUGAAAGCUACAAACUCUAUUCACAGAGGGUGAUUGCUAGUGAUGUCAAGGAAUGUGUGUGCCGUGCUCCAGAUACUCCUUACGAUGAGAGUGCAUAUUCAAACAUCCCAAUGACCUCGUAUGAGCUUCCUGAUGGCCAGACAAUUGAAAUUGGAGCUGACAGAUUUAAGAUUCCAGAUGUUCUUUUCAACCCGUCACUGGUUCAGGUGUGUGGCUUGCAUGCAUGGAUGUGAUUAGUUUGUCUUGUUCAUUUAAUAUAAAGAAUUUAUGAUAUUUUGAUAGACCACAACAAGUACCUAUCAAGUAAUCUUGUUCAAUGCCCUUCAAGAAUCCCACAUUGUCAAAUUGCUCUCUGUAACUCGA